AAGCGACACGUGUCACUAUUACAAAUCAAAAUGAUCAAAUGAAUCAACAAAAACCAAAACCAAACCAUAAUCACUUCCCUAACCAAAUUUCCAACCUUUUUUCUUCUUCAAUUCAUCAAAUUUCGCUAUGCAAAGAGACAAUUAUGGAAACAAGCCAACUUUUACACAGAUCGUGGCGGUUUCUUCCAUCGGAUUAAUGAUAGCUGCGGCGGUUCAUUACCGUCUCCGAAAGCUCAAGGCUGAGAAGAUGGUUCCUCGUCGUAAAGCUUCUCAAAAUGGUCGACCUGAUAAGCUUGAGAGGUUUUCUCAUUAUGUAGCUAGGCAAAUGGGUUUUAAAGAUAGAAGAGAAUGUCCGCGUUUAUGCAAGUUAGCUUCUGAAUACGUUAGGAAAUCAGAGGGUUUUGAAGAUGAUAUUUACACUUUCUUUGCCAAUGAACCAGAUGCUGAUUCACUUUUUGUUAAGCUUGUUGAAGAGUUUGAGAGAUGUAUUCUUAGUUAUUUUUCUUUUCAUUGGAAUCAAGCUGAUCUUAUGAUUAGUCAGGCCUUGAGUCUUGAUGCAGAGCCUAAAAAGAAGUUUAAGGACAUUGUUUUACAGGCCACAAGGCAACAGAGGUUUGAAAGAGUGACAAAGAAUUUGAAGGUGGCUAGAGUUUUCACAACCUUAUUGGAGGAGUUGAAAGCAAUGGGACUUUCAUCCAAUGAUGAUUCUCGGUGUACUGAAGUGAUGGCCCCGGUGGCUCAUGCUGAUCGAAGUCCGGUGCUCCUUUUCAUGGGAGGUGGGAUGGGAGCAGGGAAGAGCACUGUUCUAAAAGACAUUCUCAAAGAACCAUUCUGGGCAGGAGCUGCAGGGAAUGCAGUGAUCAUUGAGGCAGAUGCUUUCAAAGAAUCAGAUGUUAUCUACAAAGCCCUUAGCUCUAGAGGCCAUCAUGAUAUGCUUCAAACAGCUGAGCUGGUACACCAGUCAUCAACAGAUGCAGCCUCAUCACUGCUGGUGACAGCACUAAACGAAGGUCGAGAUGUGAUCAUGGACGGCACCCUCUCUUGGGAACCAUUUGUUGUGCAGACCAUAACAAUGGCUAGAAACGUACACCGACGCCGAUAUAGGAUGGGACCCGGUUACACAGUAUGUGAAGAUGGGAAUGUUAAGGAGAUUUAUUGGGAAAGGAUUGAAGGGGAGGAGCCUGAGAAUAUUGAAGGCAAGAAAAGAAAGCCAUACAGGAUAGAACUUGUUGGAGUUGUGUGUGAUGCUUACUUAGCUGUUGUUAGAGGCAUAAGGAGAGCCAUCAUGUGUAGAAGAGCAGUUCGAGUUAUGUCACAAUUGAAAUCCCACAAGAGAUUUGCAAAUGCAUUCUUAACAUAUUGCAACCUUGUGGACAAUGCAAGACUAUAUUGCACUAAUGCUUUGGAAGGUCCACCCAAGAUGAUAGGAUGGAAAGACAGAGACAAGACACUACUGGUUGAUCCAGAUGAGAUCGAUUGUUUAAAGAGAGUAGGAAGAUUAAACUCUGAAGCCACCUCAAUCUACCAACUCUACAAAUCACCCAACCCAGCCUGCGAAGCCGGUUCAGUGUGGAAAGACAUUGUAUUAUCUCCUUCAAGAUUAAAUGUUCAACAGGAGCUCAAGUACGCCAUCCAGAAAGUUGAAAGAUCCAAAUGAAAACUACUUACAUAUAUACACACAUAAGAAAGCAACAACAUUUUUACUCAUUUCUUUUAUUAUUUAUUGUGUCCUCUGUAAAAUUUUCAUGUUAUGACAAAUUAAUUACUCGGCAAUUGUUGCAACUUAGACAUUAAAACCCCAUAAUCCAACCUUUAAAAUCGAUCUACCAUAUAAUAUUUCACACUCGAUUAUUCCAUAUGAUUUAAAAAACAAACAAAAGAAAAAUCACAAGCCAGAAAUGGCUUCAAAACCAAGCUAAGCAUUCUAUAUUUUUGCACCAAGCUAAGCAUUCUAUAUCCAUAAAUAUAAUAAGAACAAUUUAAACCCGAAAAACUGUACAUUGCUUUUCUUAUUUGAACCCAAAAAUCUAAACUUUAAUAAUAAAAAAUAUCAGAAAAAAGCACAAGCAAGAAAAGGCUUGAAUCCUAAGCAACAAAAACUUUGAUCCAGAAAAUAUUAAGAGGGAUGUAAAAUAGAUCGAAAAAUCGUUUAAGAACAUAAUAAUAAUACAGUACAUUCAAACUCUAAUCCCUUAAAAAAAUUAACAAAAAAAAAAAGGAUAAACAUUUUAUAUCAAAGAAAAGAAAAUCGGUUAAUACUUUCUUCCUCAUAUGAAGCAAAUUAUACGGGUACGAAUUUUACCCCAAUUUACAACUACAGAACCAAACUAAAAAAAGCUAAUCACUUUCUCUUCUCUUCCAAAUUUCACUUCUUUCCCCUAGCUGGGGCCUUUCUUGUUGGUGUUUUGGCUUUGGCUGGAGCCGCCUUCUUGGCAGCCGGAGCUUUCUUCGUUGUGGCUUUAGGAGCAGGAGCUUUCUUUCCAGGUGAAGUUCUCGAUGAUGUUCUUGAAACUUUAGCAGCAGUCGAUCUAUCCUUUGGCUUUGGUCUUGACUUAGCAGCUGGCUUCGGUUUAGCAGCAACCUUCGGCUUCACAGUAGCAACAGCCUUGGUCUUUGGCGCAGCAGCAGCGGCUUUAGGCUUAGCGGGAGCAGCUUUGGGUUUAGCAGCAGGCUUCGAUUUAGGCUUAGCUGCUGCCUUUGGCUUAGCUGGAGAUUUGGGAGUUGUUUUCUUGGUUGACUUAGCAGCUUUCUUUGCAGCUGGCUUAGCCUUAGGUUUUGACUUAGUAGCAGCCUUGGACUUCGGCUUUGCCUUAGGCUUAGCAGCUCCGGCAGUCUUCUUCUUCGCUGCAGCUGGCUUCGCUGUUGCUGACCUAGCAGCUGGAAUCUUAUACGAACCUUUAACCUUUGAAAUCUUGCUAGAAGAAACAAGCUUCUUCAAAUGAAAAAGCAAUAGUUUCUUGAAGUUCGACGGAAGCUGUUUAUGCUUCUCUUCAAGAAAUUUAGUAAUCGCAUACUGACUCGAACCGCUUUUCUCUUUCAAUGAAACGAUCGCAUCUUUAACCAUCU